AUGGACUAUUUACAUGUAUAUAACAACAACGUUCACGUUCCCAGAACACCUAGGAGUAGGCAAUGCCUGUCGCCUGUUCUUCCCCCAAUCAUACAGGCGCUAGACCAGCAUCGUUCGCAGACGUUUGGGUAUUCUAGUCCCAGAUGUUUACCGACACCCAUAUUGCCUUCUAUGAGCGCUAAUGUGCCCGUUCACUGGUCGCAACAGGUUGUCACCAUUCCUAUCGACAUAGGGAACAAUACAAGAGUUAUACCCAUGAUCUCCCCCAUAGCCUCUCCAAGAUCGCAAUUCGAAGUAACAAUUCCUUCACCAUCGUUGGCUCCGGUCGCUAUAAAAUUGCCAGAUUUGAAGCUGCCACCCUCGCCUGUGCCCAGCACGAUGAAAGGUUGUGUAUCACUUCCCAUUCUACCCAAGAUUGUAAUCGGAGAUAGCAAUAAUGGGCAGAACUCUGAGCGUAACGAUAGUAUUAAUAGUUACAAUGAGAAGUUAGUUAAAGGGAUUCCGGAUUAUAUCGAUUGUACGAAAACAAAGGCACAGUUGAGCAAGGUUAGAUCUGGUAAACAAUUAAUCGCAUGUGCACAAGAAUAUCGUCAUCCUGUAAACAAAGAUGAGGUCGAAAAUAUCAACGGCAUCCUAAAUUUCAGGGACUUUAUAUUCAAACAUCCAAAAUCGUCCUUCGAGACACUAUGCACGCUAUCAUUCGAACAAUUUGUCAGAGUAUAUGCAUUCAUCAGUUUCAUUUACAGGCCAAAAAAAAUCAAUAAAAACAAGUACGAACUCCUUUGUGAGAUGAAUGUUCACGAACAACUCAGCAACAAGCGCAUACAAAGGACUAGGACUCCUGAAAAGUACAAGAUCCAUUUAAUUUGCGAAUCUAAACUCAUCCUGAGCUUCAAUCAUUGUACAAAAACAGUCAAGUUUGAUGCCAUCAAUGGCGGCCACUGCCACCCCAUUUCAGCCAAUCAUACAAUUAAACCCUCUCUAUUUUUGAUCCACUGCAUUAAAAAAUGUCAUCAAACGGCUUCAGAUCCUACCGAUUUGAAAUUGGUACUACGGGAUUUCUUAGAGGUCCUUGAUCAUGAAAGGAUAGGACUACCAUUUUUAAAGAGAAGACAUUUAAAAAACUUGCACACAGCAUCGUCACUGUCACAUACCAGCGCUACAUCUAGAAAACAAGAAGACUAUAGUUCACUGGGUGUGCACACGGGAAUCAUCCAUACAGGAAAUUUCUUCAUGUUUAACGCAUCCAGUGAUAUAUUUCAAAGGAAUUAA